UAAAAGUAUUUGUGUGUUCGUGAUCAUCCGUGUUUUGUGCAGUUAGAUUACAUCCUGAAGUGGAAUUUGCAUUAUUUCAACUGACGUGUGUAAUAAGUGUGAUUAGUGGCAUACAAGUAGCAGUCUCUACAUCGAAUUUGCCCAGAGUCCACGGCCACAACUCAAAGAUACCACGACUGGUGAAGGCAAACAAUGAAAAGCAACAACCAUUAUCCGAUGAGCCUGAGGCCGACGAGUUUGCCGGAGACGUGGAGGAGCCCGACAGCGCCGCGGACUCCGGCACCGACGUCGGACUCCUGGACGACAAUGACGGCCCGCAUGAUGGUGGUGGCGAGAUCCAGAGUGGAUUUGGUGACGACGAUCGCAUGUCACCAGUGCCCGAGGUGCCGCCAAAAUUGGUAACAUACCAGUUAAACAAGAUCUCCGCUCUGGGCAUUGCGGACUUAGGGCUGUUAUCCGCCAACGUGAAUCAGCUACACAACCUUCUAGAUUCUUCGAACACCCAGCCGUAUUAUCACUUCAACUUGACCCUAAUCGCCGCUAGCAUUAUUCUGCAAAUCGCUGUGGGCCUCGGCAUCGUCAUGAACAACUUCUACAAAGUCCUUAAAAAGGACACAUACAAAGCGGGCAUUAUCAACGACAUGACCGUGGUGGGCGUGUUCCUGGUCACCGUCUUGAAUUUGUUUAUCACGUCGUUUGGCAUGGCGACUUCGCUCUAGUCGCCGACACGUGACUCCCCACGACAUCUAGCGACUAUAAACUCAAACUUUAAGUCUUAAUUCUCUUUUACCACACUGCUAUUUCACCGCUAUUGUAUCUCAAUUGUUGCUGAAAAGGUGCUCAUGGUUGGAAAGUUGGAAGGGAAGAGACCACGAAGACGAAACCACAAAAGAUGGAUAGACCAGAUUUCCAGUGCGUUGAAUGUUUCCAUUAAUACAGCAUUUCAUCAGGCAAAAGACCGAAGCCGGCGGAUAAACAUCACAGUGGAGAUUAUUGAGAGUUACGAUCCUCAAUAAUGAGUAACAAAUCUUAUGUACUUACUUAUGAGCUAUGUUUAAGGUAAAUUAUAUUAUUUUACUCUUAUAAAGUAGUACAAUUUAGAUGUAAUAUGAAUCUCCUCCGACAUUAUCACAAAUAUAUUUAAGUUUAGAAUUAUACGCUCAUAAAAAUAUUCCAUAACAAAGAGAUCAAGAUCAUAUAGAACGGACGUUGGGAAGAUUAUCAUACAAUUUUUGCGCUUAUGUGUUGGUUACUCAAUCUGCUGUGAAAUAGCAAAACAUUAAUAUAAAAUACUUCAUAUGUUUCCAUAUCAUGAUUUGCACGGUUUUAAUGUGAAUUUAUUUUAUGUAAAUAUAUUAUUUUUGUAUAUCUAAGUACGCUGUGACAUCUUGUCACACGGACAUUUCAAAUAAGACAGCGACUUAUUACCGAUUGGUAAUAGCUUUUGGAGUAAAAAUUGCGUCCUGAUGUCCGGUCUAUAUAUAACUAACUUUGUUCCAUAAUGAUUAUAAUGAUGAAUUUACUUAAGUCUAGCAAAAUACUAUUAAGUUUAUAAUUUAAUCGUUCUUUACAUCAAUUACUUCAAGAUAAUCAAGUAUUUAUUUUAACAUUAGCUUAUACAUGGAAAUUAGAUAAAUCCCUUACGACGGAGAUACAGGAUUUCAUUAAUAUAUUUUGUUCUUUUUGUGUAUGUAGGUAAUGUCGACUAGUCGUGUACUAAGUCAACGUAUGUUAAAUAGUCCAAA